AGCUCGCAAAGAAACCGACAAACGAACACCCGCAGCGUGCUGGACAAUGCGUUUUCUUAAGACCAGAUGGCGACUCCAAGGCUUCCGUUUCUAUAUCCGAAUCUCUUGCGCUCGGUGAGGUCGUGUGAGCCGACGACGCACAGGUCGAUCCGGUUUCCGCCAGCCCAGCGCUCAGUGGGAUUCCACUCCGGUCCGGCAUGUGAGCAACAGACCUAUCAACAGCGAUACGGACCAGCAGCAGAACCGCACCUCCGUCCGCCUCCAUGGUCUACCGGUAAAGGUGACAUUCUACCGCCUGACAACUCGGCCACAAAAGGAGAGAAACAAGUCAACGGGAGUGCGCAGGCCCAGGGCUCGAAAGGCUCGGGUAAGCAACCUGGCUCAUCUGUCCCUGGAACCAUAGCAUCUUCUUUACCUUCCUCUUCUUCUUCUUCUUCUUCCUCCUCCUCCUCUGACGCCGUCUCCGUCUCUUCCAACGUUCUCUCGAGCGAAUUACCAACCCAGGGAAAAGUUGACGGUGACGCAGGUCCAGCAGACUCGGAAGCCACAGCCGAAGCUUCGACGCAAAAGGAUACCGAUCAUGACCCCGAUGUUGAUAGUCUGGGAUCUGUCUUCCAGAUGCCAGAUGCUGCUAGUAUGGCGUCUUCAUCAUCGUCAUCGUCUUCACCACCAGCCGAGUCGAUGUCACUAAUGCAUUCUCCCGGUUCAGAAUCGAACAGACCUCCGCACCUUUCGCCUCCUCCAUAUGUACAUCAUUUCGAUACCUACAGCCUCGUCAAAGAUCUUGGCAAUGGCGGAUUUACGGACAAGCAGUCUGUAAUAAUAAUGAAGGCUAUUCGCGGAAUAUUGGCGGACAAUCUGGAGGUGGCUCGAAACGGGCUGAUGUCUAAAUCGGAUUUUGAAAACGAGACGUAUCUUUUCCGUGCGGCGUGUUCGGAGUUGCGGAACUCGAUACAAACCUCGAGGAAUGCAGAGAUUCAGGCGCAGCGCGCCCAGCGCGCCCAGCUACAACAUGAAGUGGAUAUUUUAACGCAGAAGAUGACUCAAGAACUUUCGGGAUUGAAUGAUAGUUUAAAGGAGAUGUUCAAUGAUCAGAAGAUCUCAACAAAAGAGCUACAGCGCUCGCAGGAUACAGGGAUUCAGGAGUUGAAUUAUCAGAUUACUGUUUCGCUUAAUAGUGACGGAAAGAGAGUGGUAGAGAGUUUACGGUGGAUCUUAACGCGGAGAGCGGCUGUUGCCAUUGCGACCAGUGCGAGUAUGAUAAUUCUCGCUCUACGGCUCCAUUCAUACAAGCAACAGAAGAACGAAAAGGAGAAGGCCGCCGCUGCCGCCGCGCCUCCACCACCAUCGGCAGAGGCUUCUUUUCCUAACGAGAUCCCCUCAAGCACUUCCCUAGGAUCGAAUGUUGCGGAAUCCAUGGGCUAAGCAAUUCAGUCAUGCUUUUUCGCUGCAUAUAUGACUCAUUUUACAUAUUUUUCGGCCCGCUUGGGUUGGAUAUUUUCAUGUUUAUUUGAAAUGCAUCACCUCAUUGGAAUUUCCUUUAACACACAACCUUCAACAGCUGAAAACCCCUCAUAGACGAGAUUGUUGGGUGCAUCUACGCGUAGAGACGCGGGUCAGAUUACAUUUUCUUAC